GACGAAUAAUGUAUGAGCUUCAAGAUUUUAAGGUAGAGUCUAUCAAUUCGAGUAAAUAUUUUAAAUGUUUUCUAAGAAAAGUUAAAGAAUCAGAAAAACACGAUGGUGGCAGAAAACAGAAGGCUUUACAGAAAAAAGAUGAUAACAUUCAAGACUUAACGUCCGAAUUUAACCAUUCAAGACAAUUUUUUUUUAAAAAUAGUAGCGAACCAUUAAAACGGGAGAAUGGAAAAGAAACUAUGGCUGAUAAAAUAACCGACUUAAGGGAGUCAAUAAAAAGUGAAAUUUUAAAUGACCCACAAUUGGAAAUUAUCAUUCGAAAUCAGAUUGAAGAUUUAAUAUCCGAAAUCGUUCAAGAAAUUGUUCAGAAAUAUUUAAUGGAAUCUUCUGAUUACUUGAUAAAAAAUAUUAGUGGUCAAGAAAAACGCAAGACGGACGAAAUAAAAAUAAACAAAACAUUAACCGAGUUAAAGGACAUACAGCAAAAUAAUGAUUUUAUUCCUUCUGCUCCGCCACUUCCCCAAACUCUACCAACUCUACAAAAAGCAGAAAAUAAUAUUAAAAACAAAGGUAAGGUUGAUAGACUAGUAGGUCUACCAAUAAAUCUUAUAGAGGAAAUCAAACGUGGCGUGAAAUUGAAGCCGGUAAAUCCAGCGGUUAAAGUAUUAGAAAAACCAAAUAUACAUGACAAAAAUCUUCAAGGAAUGAACCCAUUGGAUAGUACUUAUAUCAUUCCUUCACCACCUCCCCAUACUCUACCAAAGCCAUUAAAACCAGAAAAUAAUAUUAAAAGCAAAGGUAAGGUUGAUAGACCAGUAGGUCUACCAAUAAAUCUUAUAGAGGAAAUCAAACGCGGCGUGAAAUUGAAGGUAAACCUUUUUAACAAUUAAUAAUAGAGUAUCGCUCAAAUUCUAUAUUAUAGCUUAAUGUAAGCAAAAUAAAUAUCUAAAAUCGAUAUAGUAUUUUAAUGAUUAAAGUUCAAUUUUUUUUUAUCGUACUUAUUAA